AUGGCUCGUGCUGUGCAAGAUAAAAAUCUUUUCAUAUUUUAUUCCAAACUCUUCUUGUUUUUCGAAUGGAAACUCGAAGAGUCAGAUUUAAAUAAGACUAACACUCUGCGGAGCGUUGAAUUCCACAUCGGAGGCGAUGAAAAAUCACAUCUUGAAAUCAGAUUUACCGGUUUAGCGAAAUAUUUAAAUCUGCAUAAUCCUAAACCACUCGGAAAUGGGAGUUACAUGACCAACAUAUUUGAUAGAAACAAAUCAUGUGUUUACAGUUACACUGCAACUAGAGACUUCUCAAAUGCAACAGUUGUCGAUUUGCUAGAAAACUUAACGAGAUUUUCCUCCAGAACGGAAUUUCCUAUAACGAUAUCCUGUACUGUGCGAUCUUCAAAUACUACUCUUUCAAAACUGUACUGUGUUUCUUGUGAGAAUAGAAUGUCAGCGGAUUUAAUGAAAAUUCUGGAUGACGCUUAUAACACUGACGUAGAAUUGAGCACGGGUGGUGAGAACAUCAAAGCCCACAAAAUUAUUUUACAAGCUCGUUCCCCUGUGUUUCAUAAAAUGUUCGAUCACGAUUCAAUCGAAGUUGCUAACAAUACAGUUGACGUUUCAGACAUAGGUUCAGCAACAAUGAAGAGGCUGGUCAAUUUCUUGUAUGCGUGUAAGAUGGAAGAGUGCGAUUUUGAUGAAGCUAUGGAACUGUACUACGCUGCAGAUAAAUAUGAAGUUCUGUCCUUGCAAGAAGCUUGCAAAACAGAAUUGCUGAGUCAUCUUGAUGUAAACAAUGCAUGCUCUUUGUUUACUUUUGCCAUUCAGCAUAAUGAUGAAGAUUUACAAAAAGGAAUAGCGCAGUUUGUAAGGGUGAAUUUUUUGUCUAUUAUUAACAGUGAGUCAUUUUUGGAUAUGAGCAGAGAAGAUAUGGCAUUACUUAUUCGUUCGAGUGUUCCUGUUGUGAAAAAGUAA